AGCUUGACCACCCUUUUUCGUUCCCAGGGUUCCGUGAGAGCAGUUUGCCCCACCCCACCUACGCGCUAUCUAUCUCAAUAUACAAUCCUCAGAGCAAAAACGGGGGCAAAAAUAAUUUUGAGAAACACCGCAAAGAAAACGAUUGUCCUUUCCCCGAACGGUUCACCGGAGCAGACGCGGCCUCUCGCCGGUGAAACAUAAACGUCCCGCCGCUGGACCAGUCCUGAAAACCCCGCGGUAUGUUCAUGUAUCAUGCACAUGUAACCAGAAUCUACCACACGGAUUCAGAGGGAAUACAAAAAGCUGAGAAACUUGACAGCGGGCUGUACCCGCGCCAAACGACAAUAUAACGGAGGAUUUUUUCCACGAAUAUCACCUGGAUGUCGAGGGAUAUUCAAGGACAUCCAACUGCCAAAAAACAGAAGCUUUACUAUGUGAGGAGAAAUACAAAUUAACGUUACAGAGAGAAAAAGGACGGAGAAGGGGGGCCCCUUCUGGGGUUUGGUCAAACCUUCCGAAAAAGCAAGCUCCAGCAUCUGACAUCGGCUAAAACCUGGAUAUUACUGAUAAGACUACAACUCCCCCCUCUCCCCUCCUCCCAAAAAGAAAACGGUGUACAAUGUGACGGACUUGCAAGACGGUUGUGAUAGAGAAAUAAGCCCCAUUGUAGCUUGGUGAUUCACAUGCCGUCAUUUUAAAAGGAAAUAUUUCUUUUUUUAAUUACCCCCCCCCCCCCCCCCCUCAGAUGUGCUUUGAUUAGGUGGAGUGCAAACUAGAAGAUAACAUAAAAUAUAUAUCAAAGUGUGGGUGGAGGGUGGUGGGGGGGGGGGGAGGGGGGGGGAGGUCGAGAAAAUAGGAUAUUGAGUGGAAAUGAAUUGAGUGGCAGUGUGAGAUAACUGCCAUAGAUGGGCUCCAGAGGAGACAUUUGCAAUGAAAAUUAAACGAAAUAGAAUGAAUAUAUAUUUAUAUGGGCUUAAAAGAAACCACAUUUAAACAAACAGGACCACAGACGUUCAUUCAUGUACAUUGCAAGGCUGGAUAUUUCCCAGUCACACAUGUUGAUGUUGAUGACUUCAUUGCGGAUUUACAGUGAAAAACACAAGAAUUAAGCUUACUCCGCUCCUUUUUUGAGUGAUCUCAUGUUGAUAAAUUGCCAGCAAAUAGCCACAUUCAUCCAUAAACAUUGUGCCAAAGCCUGGUGGAGCCUACUGUCUACUAACUGGUUUACACGUUGUUUCAUUUGGCAUCAUAAAUGCCACCCAUUUUGAGACGGGUGUCCCUCUGUUGGGCCAGCCUAGGAAUUUAGGGUUGAUUGAUUUGCUUGUGAUCAACACCCUGCCUCCUUCCGCACUCCCUACACCUACCUACCUACCUACCUACCUACCCCCCCACCUACAACCCUGCCUCCACCUGAACCUAUUACUGGGGUUUUGGGAAGAUGGGCUGUCUUGGCAAUAGUAAGACUGAAGACCAACGAAAUGAGGAGAAGGCACAGAGGAAAGCCAACAAAAAGAUAGACAGGCAGCUCCAGAAAGAAAAACCGAUGUACCGGGCGACUCACCGGCUACUACUAUUAGGUGCUGGUGAAUCUGGAAAAAGCACGAUAGUUAAACAGAUGCGAUUAUUACACGUUAAUGGCUUCAACCCAGAGGAGAAAAAACAGAAAAUACAUGAUAUUAAAAACAACAUUAAAGAAGCUAUAGAGACGAUUGUGGCUGCCAUGAAUAUGCUGACCCCGCCAUGCCAGGUAGCCUGUCCUGCAAACAAAAGCCGAAUCGAUUACGUCCUGAACCAAGUAAACCAGAAGGAUUUUGAGUUUCCUUCGGAGUUUUAUGACCAUGCAAAGAUCCUCUGGCGGGACGAGGGUGUGAAGUCGUGCUGGGAAAGGUCCAACGAAUAUCAACUCAUCGACUGCGCACAAUACUUCCUAGACCGGGUCGAUGUGGUCAAGCAGAAUGACUACACCCCCACUGAUCAGGACCUGUUGAGAUGCAGAGUACUGACAACUGGAAUCUUUGAGACACGAUUUCAGAUAGACAAAGUCAAAUUCCAUAUGUUCGAUGUUGGCGGUCAGAGGGAUGAACGUCGAAAAUGGAUCCAGUGUUUUAACGAUGUGACAGCUAUCAUCUUUGUGGUGGCGAGUAGCAGCUACAACAUGGUGAUCAGAGAAGACAAUCAGACCAACAGACUACAGGAAGCACUCAACCUUUUCAAGAACAUCUGGAACAACAGGUGGCUACGGACCAUUUCGGUAAUCCUCUUCCUGAACAAAAAGGACCUGCUCGCUGAGAAGGUUUUGGCAGGGAAAUCUAAAAUUGAGGACUAUUUCCCUGAGUUUGCACGUUACACUACACCUGAUGAUGCAAUACCAGAGCCGGGUGAGGAUCCUCGCGUCACAAGGGCAAAGUACUUCAUUCGGGAUGAGUUUCUGAGGAUCAGCACAGCCAGCGGGGACGGACGGCAUUACUGUUACCCCCAUUUCACCUGCGCCAUUGACACAGAAAACAUCCGCCGCGUCUUCAGUGACUGUCGCGACAUCAUACAGAGGAUGCACCUACGGCAGUACGAGCUCUUGUGAUGGGCAGUGGCGUCCGGCCUACUUAUCUACCUACCUGUCCACCCGCACCUACGGCCAAUUAGCCAAUCAUGCCCCUCCACUUCAACUAACUUCACCAAACAACCAAGCCCUCCCCUCCAUCCUGACACAACGCCUAUUUUCCCCGGUUACACAACUUCAGAAAUACAAAACAGUGGAAAGACUUUUUUUACGUUUAAAAAAAAGGAAACACAGUAAAGGAGACACCAACAUUAACCAGGACUGACUGCUGUACUUACAGACUGGAAUCCUUCAGUGCAGGCUAUCCCUUCUUUUAGCUCUUUCUCUCUCUCAGAUAUAUGAACACACACUCACACACUACAGCAUAAGACAUUCAGAGCCCUUAGGUUUUAAUGUCUCAUAUCACACACACUCAGACCCUUUUAAAACCAAGUCGUCCUGCUUUUACCUUUUGGCAGAGGCCAAGUAAAAUAAUGCUUUCUGAGAGCAGUUUAAUGUUCACUACUUGCUGAAGAUGACGAAGGAGGAGGCGGAGGAGAAGAAGAAGAGAACAAUGGAUGUGGAUGGAGGCAAACUGAUAUAGUGAAGGACUGUGAGCCUUUUUGUUGCCCAGACGGACGGACUAAUUGACUGUUGCCUGUGGACGUGAGCGUGACUUGAACAUAAGACCACUCGGCUCACUUGACGUGCUCUUCAAGAAACCAAUGGAGGACGGACAGCAGAAAACAACAA